AGAAAAACCAAAAUCAGAAAACUGAGUUUUUCUUCAAAAAUUGAGAAGGAAUUGAAAAAUAAGAGAGAGAAAGCAGUUAAUCCGAGCUCAAAAGACAGAAAAAUCUGCCUGCCACUUCCUUCUCCAGACAAAGCAAAUAAAGGUGGUAAUUUUUGGGUAAAACAAGAGACAAAUAUCAAGGAUAUUAAGGUAUCUGCUGGACAUAAGCCACUGGUGGAUGAUAAACAGAGAUCUAAUUUACGGAAGAUUUCACCUAUAUCAGGAGCUGCUGUAGCAACAAUAGAAAUUGCAAAAGCUGUUGCAGAUGUUGCACUAAAAAAGGCAGGAACUGUGAACUCAGAUACUUUUGAAAAUGUUUCCUCAUCAAGUCCAGAUACACUUACAGUUCCUCCUGCAAGGCCGCCAAGACGUAGGUCUUCUGGUGCUGGUCUGACACCACAUAAGAAGGGGAAAGCUCCAUCACCACCAGGUCAACCUUCAGCCUCGCCAGCUUCAUUAAAUAAAGUUGUGUGUGAAAAGUCACCUGUCAGAGAUAACUACACAAGUGACAAUUUGUAUUCCUCAAUUACAAAGAACACAGAUGUUCAUGUGGAGAAUAGAUUGUCUCCAGAUGCUAUUGUAAAUAGGCAUACUGAGUCUCCUGAUCUCUACAAAUCUUCUGAUUCACUUUCAUCAUCCCAAUCAUUUGAAAAGUCUAGAGAAAAUUCACCAAUAAUGGCCAACCAUGAUUGUUCACCCACAAUAGGCAAGACUUCAAUAAUGGACCAAGAUUAUGUAUAUAGACCUCUAAAUGAGGAAAAUAAAAAGUUUAAGACCGAGUUGCAAUCCAUACAUUUGGAAGCUGGUAUGUCAUCAGAGGAAAAAAUGUCUUUGAGAAAUUGUAGAGUUUCAUCAAAGUCCAAUGAAUGUCUUCAUGAAAAAUUCUCUGUUGAUUCUGUGUUAGAAAGUGGUGAAAAGGUAAAAAUAGAAUGUUUACCAGCUGGUCCACCACCAAGAAAACCACCAAGAACCUUUGCUUAUGACAUUUAUAAGAAUGUUAAGGGGUCCAUGGGUGAAGAGGUUCCGGGUGAGGAGACUAGUGAACUGAAUAAAAAUUCUCAGUCUGAAACACCUCAACCACAACCCAUUUAUGCUGUCCCGUUGAAAAAGAAAAAGUCUAAUAGCAAAUUUAUCCCAAAGUCUCCUGUGAGAAGUAAAAGUGAUUUAACAAACAAAGACAUUUCUAAGCCAUCCAUUGCUCCUAAGCCUCCCCAUAUUCUCAAUAGAGCAAAACGAGCAUCAGUGGUUGACCCUCUUUCUAGUACUGAGAAAGAUGAGGAAGCAGCCAUAACCUCAGAGUUUCAACGACAGGCACACAUACGCUAUAGUCUACGAAGACCAAAGAAACCACCACCUGCUCCUCCCCCAUACUCGGAUAUGGAGGGAAACACUCUUAAUAAUUCAGUCAAUAGUCCUAGCAAUGCUAAUAUUUUAACCAAAAGUAAUACAGAUAUAUAUUCUGUGAGUAAUGUCCUUCCUAGCUCCAAAAAUACUUUUGAUCUAAAUUGUGACCCUAAUGAAUUUCAUGGUAGUAAGAAUAUUUCCCAAGAAUCAUUUGACUUACAAAGUAUAUCCCACUCCAAAUCUCUCUCUUCAAGUCAAGGUAUUCCUGUUAGUGAUUAUGAGGAUAUAAAAUCCUCAGUCUUAGCUCUACGAGCAACAUUUUGUUCUACCCAUAACUUAGAGGCAACUUCACCGUCACUAGAGAAUGACCAGCCACUCUCACUUGGUUACUGCAGUGUGGACUCACGCUCUCCAGAUACAACAGAUCUCUACAAAAAGCGCAGCAUGAGUGAUGAAACACUUUACAAGGGAUCUAGACAUGGAGAUGAGCCAAUAUAUGCAACUCCUAUUUUCAACACCAACAAGGGGUCCUCCAGUCACAGUCGCCAGAGAGAACUCCAUUAUAUGGAGGAAGCAGAUGCAGGCAGGGACGGAACUGACAGUGGACGAAGGAAUAGAAGAAAUAGUACGAAUGGUAAAGAGAAGAUGCUAGGAACUGAUACUGCAGAUGGAGGCAAAGGAAGAUCCAGUUUGAUAUCAGCAUGGAAGAGAGAUUUUCGACAGAGCUGUCGUCAAGUUCAAAAUAAAAUAAAGAAAACUGUCAUCAGAUAGUAUGAGUUCAUCACUUAUUGUAUGAUAAUUCUUGAAAUACUUUUUGACGUUACAUCCGAUCAAAAAAAAAUACAGUACUUUGAUACUGUAUAGAUAUUUCUUUCAUGAAGCUUUAAUGGGAAAAUUGUGUACAGCAAAAUAUGUAUAUACUGUUUUAUCUAAUGUAAGAGCACAGAUAGUAAUGGUCAUAUAUGCUCAUAUCAGAACUCGUGUAAAAGCCACUGACCUUGGUAUGUUACAUAAUAUUUUAUUUAAGGAAAAUACAGUAUGUUGUGAAAUUAUGUUGUAAAACAUAAUCAGACCAAAGCUAAUGUUAGUGUUAAUAUAGUGUGAUAAUCCUGAAUUUUAUAUACAGUACUGUAUUCCACAUUUUCUGACAAUUAUAAUCACAAAAACAUAUUUAUAGGAGUUUUAACAUUUUGAAAUUUAAUAUAAACACAGUUUAGGGAGAAAAAACCUCAGAGCAUUAAACUCUUGCCAGCUUUUGUUACCAUAGAGUACUGUACUACGUGGUUUUAAUAGUUCUACACUCAACAUAUUUUGGAGUUAAGGUUUAACCUCCACAGCUCUCCAUCAUUCAUGAAAUGAAGACACAAUGAAAACUAUUUUAAGUAGUACCGUAUAUUAUAGCUAUGCUGGAGGAUGUCUUGGAGUAAAUCUUCAACAACAGUGUCACUUAUGGGUGUAGAUACAUAUUUAAUUCCAUUUUUUCACCACGAUAAAUGCAGUGCUGUACCAUGAAUAUAUCUCAGAAGCAGGUUUGUUUAACCCUUUCUCAGGUUCAUCUUCAAAAGGUGAUUUUUGACACUUCAGAAACCUGAAUACAGUACAGCAUACAAAAAAGUAUUGUAGUAUUCUUUUUGAGAUAUGGGUCAUUCAAAAGUCAUGCAGUAUUUUUGUGGAUGUCCUGUAAAUGGGUAAUGUAGUGAAAUCUAGCCUACUUGAUACACUUAAACUAAUAGCAGAUACACUCACAUUGAGAUUAAUGUGGACAUCACCAAUCAGAAGAUCCUUACAGGCACAAACCCAUAGGUGUUAUAAUAGGGGUUCUGGAUGCGAGCUCAUUGAAAAUUACAGUACAGUUUUUUAAAUUUGAGCUGUAGACUGAUUAGUUAACUGAAUUACCUGUAGAGCAAAACUGUGGGAAAAGUAAAGGACUUGCCGUUACAUCCACUGAUAAUGCCACAUUUACACCAUUCUUGUUUCUGUUAUAUAUUUUUUAAAUUAUACACUGAUCAUUGUUAUUGUCACUUUAGCUGUAUCUUUUAUGGUUCCUUUACUCUCAUGCCUUUUUUAUUUCUACAGUACUUGAACUUAGUACUGAACAGUAUAUGCAGUCUUUGAUGAAGUAACUCUUUUGUUCUUUUCACACUUUUCUAUUUCUAGACAAACAAAUGACUGCUGCUAUGUAUAUGAUAGGCUAGACAAAACUACAUGCAGGAUUUUUCAGUAAAGCUUCAAAUAUUGUAGUGGUGUUUGGUCUUCAACUCUUCAUCAUUGGAAGGUGAGGUGGUUGUGAGCUGUCAUAAUGCUUAGAGGUAGGAGAGAAAGAAAGAGACUGUACAUAUACUAUUUUGCUUUAAAUGUAGAAAAAGGCAUACUUGAUUUGCACGUAGAAUGCAAAUAAAUAUAUUGCUUUGUAAUUCUUAAUUUUCAAACCCAGUACAUAAACAUGAGAUUGAUUCAGAGGCAAUGGACAUUAAGUUAUCAAGGGGUAUUUUUCUGAUCAGCAAAACAUUUUUUUUGUGAUUGCAGCAACAAAAAUUAGUGUUUUUAUUUUCUAGUCUUUAAUUCGUAUGUAGAAAUAAGUGAUGAUAUUCUCCUGAACAUACUCAAUAAUUUAUGUGGAUAUAUUCAUACAGUAUAUGUAGCUGGUAUUUUUUUUUCUAUAAUUACUGUAGUGUGUCAAUGCCAGCUUUUAUCAUUGUGAUUCUAAGUUCAUUGAUAAAUUUUUCCAUGUACUGUAUUGAUAAUGAUAUGAUGUAUAGGGCUUAUACAGUAAAUAAUUUUGGAGGCUUUUUUACGAAUUGAAUGGGUAGCAGUGUAGCUCUAAUGUAUUUAAUGAAUAUACCCAUAAGUUAUAGAAUAGGAUUAAUGCUAGUUCCUCAGUUUAACACACUUAGUGGAGCUUAUACUAAUCAGUCAUGUGAGAAGGAUUUUAUCAGGUAAAAUGAAGCCAUGUUGUUAAAGGCAGUGUUAUGGUUACUGUGAAAUGAACCAAAGGGAAAGCAUAGUGUAUUGAAAAGGUAACUGUCCAUUGUACAGUAAAUUUUUGCUGUCAGUAUGUAUCUUUCCUAAAUAUUAAAUUUCUAGAGCUCCAUUAAUUGAAGAAAAUGUACUUAAAAGUCUUGUUGGUGAUUGUAAUAAACUUUUUAUGAAUACAGGUACCUGUACAGUACAGUAUAUAUGGGUUAAGAAUUGAAUGCUGAUAUGUAACUGGUCAUCUCAAAAAUUUUGUUGUAUUUUGUAAUACAUUCAUUAAAAUUAUUUAUAU